UGUCAAAUCGUUUAUUGAAAUACGCCUCAAAUAUAAUUACAAUUCCCAAGAAAAAUAAAUUGUUUCUUCUUCCUUCCCGCAUAGCUCCAUUUGUCAAAGAUUCUAACUGUUUCCAAUCACAAUAGUAAUAAUCCAGAUUUAAAAGUAGGAAAAGAUCCAAUAUUUUCGGUAUUAUUAUAAUUUAUAACAAUGGAAGAUUGACAUGUUUUUAUGAUCGACUUUAAGGAUUUAUUUUAUUACUUUAUUGCUGCUUCUGGUUACCUGAGGAUAAAGAACAGGUGAAUAGGGGUAGCGAUGAGGAUACCAUCUGGACGGUCAGGUUUCCCUUAAUUGCCUAUCCACCAAUCGUCUACUCUCUUCCAUUAGCUGUCCAAUCCGAAAUUUCGAUUCAUACCCUUAACUGGCCAGGCCCAUCCCCUAUUCUUUCCUUCGAAUUUUGCAUGCACAGGCAGAAAUCGUUCUCCAAAGUCAGUCCUACGUGAACUCUUGACGAGUGUCGAACUCACGCAGAAUUCUCUCGUGAAUUUCUCAGUGAAUUUCUGAGUGAAUUUCUCAGUGAAAAGUGUCGAAAAAAUUUCGAAGUGAGAGAAGGAAUUUCGCUCAAGAUCAGCUUCAAGUUAUCGGACAGGAUUCUACGACUGUUCAUAACGACUGAUCAAUCAAAGAAUUCCUUCAGUAUUGACAGUUAGCAGCUGGCAGCUACAAUAAUGUCUGUAGUGGAUAAAAUUAAGCAUUAUCAGCGAAAUAUUGAAAAAUGUGAUGACAAUGAAGAUAGAGUUAUUUAUUGUAUUUCAAAACUAUCUAAUUUGCCAGUAACAGUACAGCAUCUUCAAGAUACUGGUGUAGGACGUACUGUAAAUGGUUUAAGAAAAUAUGAUGGUGGUGUAGGAAAUGCUGCAAAAGCACUUGUAGCAAAAUGGAAAGCAAUGGUUGCUAGUGAAGAAACUAGCGAAGGUGAAGUUGAAUAUGAUGAUGAAACUUGUGUUCCUGACACACCUGACAGUUAUAAUAUAAAUAAUCGUGAAUCUCCAAAAUCUGAAGAGAAUUCUAUAGGACAUAAAAGUGAAGAAAAUCAAAAAGAUAUGUAUAAACAUAAGUCAGAAAAAUCUGAAAUGUCGCAUACAUCACAUAAUAAUAAAUAUACUUCAAAAUAUGAAUCCAAAUUGAAAAUUAACGAAUCUCAACCAAAAAUAAAUAAUGAUGUUGCUAAAAAUUCAAAUAAUGAUUUAGAAAAACAAAAGAAAUAUGAUAAAACUAAACAUAAUAGUCAUAAACAUGAAUCAAGAAGUGACAAGAAAUCUUCAAAAGAUAAAAGUGCCUAUAAAAAAGAUGAAAUUCAAAGUACUAAACAUCAUAGUCAUAAUAAAUAUGAUAAUACAGAAAAACACUCUAAUAAAUCUAUAGAUAACAAUAGCUUAUCUAGAGUUAAUGAAGAAAAUCAUAAAAAACGAAAAAAUUAUGAUUCAAAUAUACUUAAAAAAGAAAAUAAACGAAGGAAAUAUUCAGAUAGUGAAAAUGAUGAAGUUAAAUUUCAAGUAUCUUCUAGUUUUGAAAAGCAUAAUAAUUGUAUCACAUUAAAUACAAUUAAAAUAAAAGAAGAGCCCAAGGAUAAAGAUGUAUUAACUAAAAAUGAAAUUAAAUAUGAAAAGAAAGAUUCUCAUGAAAAAUCAAAAAGCAGUUCUAGCAAAUCUCGAACUGAUUCAUCUAAUAGCAAAUUAAAAGAUAAUAGUGAGAAACAUAAACAUAAGAUUGAGAUACAUACAAAUCAUAAUAAAGAUGAAACUAGACGAAGUGAUCAUUCUAAGGAAUCUUCAGAAUUAAAACAUCACAAUAGUUCCUCUAGUGAUAAGCAUCAUGAUAAAAGUAAAGACAGGACUAAAAAAAAGGAUCAUAAAGGAGAAAAAAAUAGACAUGAAAAUAAAAACAAUAAAGAUUCAAAAUAUAUGAAACAUGGAUCAAAAGAAUCCAAGGAUUUAACAAAAAUAAAACAAGAACUUAAUGGUGAUGGAGGCAUUGAUUGCCACUCUGGUGCUAGCUUUGCAGAAGCACUAGGUAUGUGUACAAUAACACAAUUAUCAAAAAAACGUAAUAAUAAUUCUCCAAAUACAAGUACAUCUAAAGUGAUGAAAACAGAACAAUCAACUACUAUAAGUAAUAAAAAAAUCACACCGAAAACUGAACCAACAAGUAACAAUUUACAAACUCCAUCUCUUUUAACAUCAAAUGUAAAAUUGGAGCCAUUAAAUGUAGAUUUAGCAUCUACAUUACCUGAAAUUAGUCCAAAUUAUAAACCACUGCCGUAUAUUAAUCCAGUUCAGCGUAAAGAAGAAGAUAAACUUCUUACCGAUGUAAUCUAUGUUAAAAAUCAAAGAACAAAAGUAUAUUCAGGAAAUAAAUCUGGCUAUACAAGUGUUCCAACUUUAUUUGAAUUAUGUACAAGAGUAUUGAUAGAAAAUAUUGAUGCACUUGAAUUUACGGGUGGCGUGCCUUUUGAUAUAAUAAAACCUGUUCUGGAACGCGCAACAGCAGAUCAACUUUUUAUGUUAGAACAUUAUAAUCCCUAUUUAGUUGAAGAUACAGAUGAAUUAUGGCAAUAUCACUGUAAUCGUGAAUUUAGAAAUAAACAAAGAGAAGAAAUGGAGACAUGGCGUGAGACAUAUAUGCGAUGUUUAGAUGAAAGAGAAGCAAAAUUGAAAACACUUACGGCUAAUAUAAAACAAUCGAUAGAUAAAUCGGUUCCUGUAAGAUCUACUAAACUUGCAUAUGUGGACAACGUUGUUAAACCUCCGAGAAAUAUUCUUAAAAAACAAGCUAAAUAUGGUACUGCUAAUUCUACACCUACCACUGCAUCUAACUUAAAGAAGAAAUUAAUCAGCGGCGGAGGACCUACAGCUGCUACAAAUAUAUCUGUUCCGGCACCACCUAUAUCUCGUAACACAAAAACAUUGAAGAAAACAAAAGCACCGCUCAUGGCAAAAGCAUUACAAUUAAUAAAAGGACGUUAUAAGCGGUAGUUUAUACAAAAUUUAUUAAUAUUCAAUAAUUUAGGUAAGCCAUAUAUUUUGUUACAAAUAUUAAGCAUAAUAUAUAUAUAAAUAUUUUAUAUAUAUAUAAGAAUUUAUACAUACUUUCGAUUGCGUUACAUAUUGACGAAGUAAUGUAUGUUAAACAGAAAUAUAUUCAUGUGAAGUUUACAUGCUGCUUCAGGCAUUCCGAGAUUUACCAAAUCGAUCAUACCAAAAUAAUCGCUCAGUGCUUUUAUAUCUACUGUAAAAAUUAUAAUUAAUUUCAUGAAUUAUACAGUAGAAGGGCACAAGUAUUUGGAUUUCUCGAUAAAAAUAUUAAAUGAAAAAUUCAAAAUAUUUCAUUAUAUAAAAAUUAUAAUGCCUUCAUACAAAUUUAAAAAAUAUAAAUUGAUAUUUUUUGAAUAUCAUGAUAUUUAUUUACUUUGAUAUUUUAAUUAUUUGAUGCAAUAAUGAAUUUAAAAAUCUUACAAAUAAAUUUAAUUUCGUUCAGUAUAUUUUACUUUAAAAUGACAUCGUGUUAUUUAAUAAUAUCUGUCCAUAUAAAAAAUACUUAUCCAUACAGAAAUGCAAAACUAUAUACAUAAUAAAUAUGUCCCAUUUGUUGCUGUGAUUUAUUAAUUUUUUUAAAUUACACAUGUAAAUAUUUUUUGUGAUUUAGAAUGAUAUAUAUCAGAUUAGAUAAAUAUCUAAAAAAAAAAAAAAAAAUAAAAAAAAAUAAAAAAAUAAAAAUAAAAAAAUAAAAAAAAAAAAAAAAUAUUAAAUGAAAAAUUAAAAUGAUCACUAGUACUAAGAAUGUGAAGAGUACAGCAUUCUUCUAUAUGUCAUAAUGGAUUUGAAAUAUUUGUGGCCGUCGUAGAUUUAUAUAAUAUUGAAAUAUAUGUAUAAAAUAGUUAAUGCAUUAUAAACUAAUUUCAUUAUUGUAACAAAAGAUGAAUAGAAUUAAUUAUACAUAUACGUUUGAUGUAUUAUGACAUUGAAUUAUUUUAAUAAUCAGAAAUAAUUAAUUUAUAUUUAAAAAAUCUUUAAUGCAUAUUAAAUGCUAAAAAUUUUGAAAUUACAAAGUAAUAACUAUAGUAUAAUUAUAUAUAGUAUAGUAUAGUAUAGUUAAUUCUAUAAACAGUAAAUGUUGCACAUUAUUAUUUUUGUAAAUCUUUUUUGAGCAACAAAUAAUUAAAUGUACGAAUAAUUAUUUUACUUAAUAUGUAUGUGUGCGUUUAAAAGAUGUAAUUCAUCAUAAAUAUAUAUUAAGUAUAAUAUAAUUUUUUUUAUGAUUCUUAUAUUAAUAUUAGAUGAUAGAUUUAUAUCAAUUUAAAUUUUUUUAAGAAUGUAAUUACCUGAACAAAUCGUAAUAUUUUUGAACAAAUUUUAAAUUUCUUUAAAGUUAAAUUAUAUUAUAAUAUAAUAUUAAAUUAUAUUAUACUUAUUCUAUUGAAAUGGUGUUUUUGAAAUAUUUGUAUUUUACAUAUGUAUUUUAUUUACCGAUUAAAAUUAUAAAUAAUAGAAUAAGUUAAUUUAUAAGUAAAUUAUAAUAAGUUUAAAAUUAAUUUCAAAAUUAUUCCAAAAACACCAUUUUUAUACAUAUUUAAUUAAUCGAUAUUUUAUUCUAUAAUAUUAUAGAAAUAUAUACACAUGUAUACAUAUAUACAUAUACAUAAUAUAUUUUAGGUUUUAAGAUUAUAUUCCCUGAACAAAUUAAUGAUUUUUUUAAAUUUAAAGUAAUAUUCAUAUAAAAAUGAAAUUUUCACAUGUAAAAUAAUUGAAAUAGCAUUGAAAGAAUGCUGCAAACAGUUUUAUAUAUAUUAUAAGUAAAUAAAAAACGAAAAAGGAAUAUAUUACAAAAAAUGUUAUACGUCCAUUGUAUUUGAAAAGAAAAAUAUUUGAAAAAAAAAAACAACUUAACAUUAUCAAUAUAUAUAAUUAUUAUAAAUUAAAUCUAUUUGAUCUUUUAAAUUUAAGUUAGUGAGUAAGAAAUAUCAUAAUUAGUGUAAGAAUAUUGUAAGUAUAUUAUGUAAGGAUAAAUAAUAAUCAUGUAUGUAAUUCAUUUCGCGUAUAUAGUUAUAUUUAAGAUAAUGUAUUUAUGUUUUAUUUAUAACAUAUUAGCGUUUAUGUAAAAUAUUUUAAUUUUGAUAGUAAACAUAAUUUUAAGAAUCAAUAGAUGAAUUUGCGGAACUUGAAAACUUGAAAAACCUAAAGAUUCCAUAUUAUUUGAGUAAAAUUUAAAUUAAUUAAGUAUUUA